AUGGGAGUUGGAUGCUGGAGGAACCCUCUGUGGCUGUUGACUGCCCUGGUCCUGGCAGCCAGACUAGGUCAUUUUCAAAGAUGGGAAGGCUUCCAGGAGAAGUCCAUGAGCAAGGCAAAUAUGAAUUCAACGCUCCAGUUCUUCAUGGAAACUUACAACAAUGCUAGCAAUGACACCUAUUUAUUUCAAGUCGACAAGCUACUUCGAAGUCAGAUGCAGCUCACAACUGGAGUGGAAUAUAUGAUAUCUGUGAAGAUUAGCCGCACCAAAUGCAAAAGAAACAGCACAAGAAAUUCAUGCCCCAUUCAAAGCAAAAAGAAGCUGAAAAAGAGUUUCAUUUGUGAUUUUUUGGUGUACACCGUGCCCUGGAUGAACUAUUACCAACUCUGGAACAACUCUUGUCUGGAGGCUUGA